GAUUUGCAGUCUGUUGAUUUGGCAAACAAGCUGGCUCCCCAGUACAAUGCUCGUCUCAAAGAAUCUCUUUCUAAAAGACGCACUUUGUUUUACGCCAACGUCUAUGAUCUAAGACAUGGAGACCUCAUUGUCAACUACAACGAAUUUGGGUUUAGGACGGCGUGUGAGGCGUGUUGUGGGACGGAAGGGAGAUUGGCGAGGAUAUUGACAUGUGGACCAACGUCAAGCCUUUGUAAGGACCGGUCAAAGCAUGUGUUUUGGAACCCAUACCAUCCUAGUGAAGCUGCUAAGCUUAUCAGUUAUAUCAUUGCUGACAAAUUACUCUACGGGAUGUCGUUGCGAACAGCUGUUUAUGAUAUGGUUGACACCAUCAGUCUAGAUGAUAUCUUUGAACUUUAG